GACGCGUUUGGGCGCUCGCUGGAUUUUGCCGGCUCCCCUUUUUCCAUUCAGCCAGCCGCUGUAAUAACCUCCAAGGUAGAUCUGAUGCCCCUUUUCAGUAAGCAUCGAGGCAGACACAAAGGAACUUGCUUCACUUUUCUUUUUUUUUUUAAGGGUGACCGACUUCACCAAGGGCUCCACCGUCAGCCGCUGGAUAGCAGCCUCCAACGUGAAAAUCUAGUCUCUCCUCUUGGAUAUUCGCGGCUGUUUCACCGCGCGUCUUCAAUUUGACUAUCGAUAAGUUUCUAAUCAGAUUUGAGGAGCGUUGCGUCAUCGGAGGGGGAAGAAGUCUGGGGCGGCCGAAUCCACUGCGAGGAGCUGCUGAUGUCUUAAUGGACCGCCGAAUGGUUAAAUGACACAGCGAUGAAUGUGUGUGUGAUUUCUCUCCCAUGAUAUAGCCCUAGAAGAUAUAGCCUAUCUGGAGCCGCAGCAGCUGCCUGUCUGCCUGACAGUCGCCCUUAAUGCAUAGCCUCUGCAGGGUCAAGAUGCAGUUUCGGACUGUGCUGGACGUGAAAGUCGUGGACGUGGAGAAGAGGCGCAAUCCGUCUAAACACUACGUAUAUCUCAUCAAUGUCACCUACUCUGACAACACAUCCCACAUCAUCUACAGAAGAUACAGCAAAUUCUUUGACCUACAGAUGCAGAUUCUUGACAAGUUCCCAAUUGAGGGAGGGCAGAAAGACCCCAAGAAGAGGAUCAUCCCAUUUCUCCCAGGCAAAAUCCUGUUCCGGAGAAGCCAUGUGCGAGACGUGGCCAUGAAGCGACUGCGUUUCAUCGACGACUACUGCAGGGCGCUGGUGAGACUCCCUCCACAGAUUUCUCAGAGUGAGGAGGUGCUGCGCUUCUUUGAGACAAAAGCUGAGGACGUCAACCCCCCUGUGGAGGACUAUGGCUCCAAGCGCAAAUCGGGGAUUGACAGCUCGGAGCCCAUGGUGCUGGAGCAGUACGUGGCCGUGGCCAACUACGAGAGGCAGGAGAACUCCGAGAUAAGCCUUAAAGCUGGCGAGACGGUGGAUGUGAUCGAGAAGAGCGAAAGCGGCUGGUGGUUUGUCAGCACAGCAGAGGAGCAGGGCUGGGUGCCGGCCACAUACCUGGACUCCCAGAAUGUAACCAGAGACGACUUGGAUCUGGGCACCUCGAGGACCGGGGAAGUUACUAAGAGACGCAAGGCACAUCUGAAGAGGCUGGACCGCCGCUGGACUCUGGGGGGGAUAGUGAACCGUCAGCACAGCAGAGAGGAGAAAUAUGUGACAAUACAGCCGUACACCAGCCAGGGGAAGGAUGAAGUCAGCUUUGAGAAAGGGGUCACCGUGGAGGUCAUCCAGAAGAACCUGGAAGGCUGGUGGUUCAUCAGAUACUUAGGAAAAGAGGGCUGGGCCCCUGCCUCCUACUUGAAAAAGGUAAAGGAGGACUUCUCCCCUCGAAAGAAAACUCUGACGGGCCCCGUGGAGAUCAUCGGCAACAUCAUGGAGAUCAGCAACCUGCUGCAGAAGAAGUCGGUCAGCGAGAAGGACAUCCAGACGGACGGAGAAGCCGGCACCUCACCCGAGCGGCACAUCUCGAAGAGCGAGAUCAGCCUGCCCAUGCCCUAUAACUCGGAGAUCAACGCCGAGACAGGCAGGAGGCUGAGCGCGGGACGGGACACCAACAGCCCGUGUCUGGGAAUAGCAGCGAGCGCCGCACUCAGAGAGAGUAAAACUAGAGGCGAGCCAGGGUCCCCAGCUGUUGCUAGAGUGGCGCCUCAUCGAGUGGAAAUUGGCUCUCCAAAUCUGAGGCAAAAACCUCCCCCAAGAAGAGAAGCCAACCUCGGAUUCCAGUUACCUAAGCCACCAGAGCCCCCUGCUGUGGAAGCAGAGUAUUACACCAUAGCAGAUUUCCAGUCCUCAAUCUCCGAUGGCAUCAGUUUCCGUGGAGGACAAAAGGCUGAUGUAAUAGAGAAGAACCCUGGGGGCUGGUGGUAUGUGCAGAUCGGAGAGAUGGAGGGCUGGGCCCCGUGCUCCUACAUUGACAAGCGCAAAAAGCCAAACCUCAGCCGCCGGACCAGCACCCUGACUCGGCCCAAAGUCCCAACCCCCGCACCACCUGUCAAAAAGCAAAACUCUGAAGAAACUCCCACUCCUGCUAGCUCUGUUCCUAAAGUCGCAGAGCCGCAGAGCAGGCCUGUGUAUGAGGAGCCUGAAUAUGAUGUCCCUGCCGUUGGCUGUGAAGGUGAAUCAGACACAGAUUCCCUGAAGGAUGAGCGCUCCCUGGAUGUGAAGAUCAGCAACGUGGUCGGUGACAAGUACCGCAGCUCUCCUCCGUUCUGUAAGGCCUCUCCUCCUGUCUGCAAAGCGUCCCCCGUCUUCACUCGCAGACGAACUUCCUUCAGAUCCGUCGAGGAGGUCGGAAAAGAAGAAUGCAUCUACGAGAACGACGGCUUCAGGUCGAGCAGUGGCGGCAAAGGCACUGCGGCCAAAGGUGCCAGUGAGCCAAAUUCCCCAAGGAUCUACCAUUCCUCCACAGUUCCACGCAAACCCUCCGGAUCCUCACCUUUAGCGGGCAGACCCAUGAAGACCAUGACUCCGGAGAUGAACAGGAGAAGCCAGACCCUGGGCAGGCACAUAGACAUCAGCCUCAGGUCUCAGGAUAACAGCCCACAUUCUUCAUCAGACGAGUUGACCAGAGGACCCAAGAAAGUUCCCGGCUUCAGCCGGGAUGUAGAGCAGAGAAUAGGCCAGAGCCCCUCAACCAGACCCAAGCCAUCCGUCAGACCCAAACCACUUCUGACCAAAUCAGAACCCCAGACUCCUGAGAGGAUGGACAUCGGCUCUCUGAGACGACAGCUGAGGCCUACAAGUCAGUUUCGACACGGGCUCAAACCUGGACGCGGGGAAGACUCUGAAACGGCCUCGGUCAUUUCGUCAGAGGAUUCCAUGUGCUCCCACAGCACCUCAGAUCUCUCUUCUGUGUACUCCAAAGGGAGCCGGGGUGACUCGGACGUGGAAGGCCCCAAUCACUACCGCUCCCUUGACGCCUACAAGAAGGUCCAGGACUCUGAGAUCAGCUUUCCGGCCCGGGUGGAGGUCGAGGUCCUGGAGAAGCAGGAGAGCGGAUGGUGGUAUAUCCGCUGGGGAUCCGAGGAAGGCUGGGCUCCCUCUUACUACCUGGAACCUGUGAGGCAAGCAGCUGAUGGAGGCCGGUCGGAAUCAGAUGGACAUGGAAGUGGUGGGAGUAAGUCCAACAGCCUGGAGAAAAAUGAGCAGCACGUUUUGGCCCUCAACAACAUCAACAUUCAGGGUCUGAACCAGCAGCACCAAGGUAUGAGAAGGAAUACUCCGGCGAUUCCUUCGAAGCCUCCUGGGGGUUUCCAGAAGCCGUCUGGGAUGGUAAAUGGAGGUGUUCGGAUGAGAAAUGGGGUACGCCAGGUGGCAGUACGGCCACAGUCUGUGUUUGUGACCACCACACAGCCGGCCAAGGAUGCACACUACAUGACAGGCUCUCUGAGGCGCAAUGAAUCACUGGGCAGAAGUGAUCACUAUGGAUCUGGUUCCGCCACUCUCGGUGUGCGUAGAAACGCCUCCUUCAGCACCGUGCGGCCACAUGUAGUUGUCGAAAGUCAGACGAGGCCUGUCGAGCGCUCCAGCCUCGGGUCGUCGGGGAGCGCGUUCAGCACAAGCAAUGUCCAGGACGGCCUCAGCAGAGUUAGCCAACGCAACGGUAUCCCCGUGUCCACAGUCCGACCCAAGCCCAUAGAGAAGAGCCAGCUGAUUCACAAUAACCUCGGCAGGGAUGUGUACGUGUCCAUCGCUGACUACCGGGGCGAUGAGGAAACGAUGGGUUUCACAGAGGGCACCUGUUUGGAGGUUCUGGAGAGAAACCCCAAUGGAUGGUGGUACUGCCAGGUGCAGGACAGCCUGCUUCCCCGCAAGGGCUGGGUCCCAUCCAACUACCUAGAGCGGAAAAAAUGAAACCAUCCCCACACACUUUUCCCCCGUCUUUUGAUGUCUUCAAGGACAUGGGUGGCUUAAGAAUGUUACCUGCAAUCUCCCAUAAGCAAUAUGUCCUUGAAAAUGUAAAUUUAAAAAAAAAAAGACUUAGUGUAAAAAAGAGAGAUGUUUAAAUCUGUUGAGGAGGAACACUUUUAGUGCUGGUUUACUAAAAUGUAUACACAGAGGAGAGUCAAGAUUUGUAAUAUUUUGGCAGGAUUGAGAGACAGAAAUGUGGGAUUGGUCACCCUUCAGUGAAAGUAUUUGAGGAGGACAGUGUCUGCGAGAUAAAAAAAAAAAAGAAGAUGAAUGGGAGCUAUAAACCUCUUAAAGAGGUUUGCACCGCAUAAUACGGAAGUUGAGCAG